AAUAUUGGCAUUCGAAUCCCGUACCGUAUAUCAAGGGGUCAAAGAAUCGUGCUAUCGUUAGAAACCCCACAAAAAACCCAAUUACUCUUACAGAAAGUUCAAGACCGUCAUGAAGCUAACAUCAUUAUUAACCGCUCUCGUAUUCGUCGCCGUAACCAAAGGAGCGCCGAGUGAAGACCGUAUUUACGGUGGGACAAUAGUCGCGACUGCGAUACCUUACUUGGUUUCAAUUACUGUGGACGAACAGCACGUUUGCGGUGGAUGGAUCUAUAAUCCCGAUUGGGUAGUUACAGCAGCCUCAUGCGUCUACGGGAUUCUACCUAGCCAGCUAAAAGUAGUUGUUGGCCAGGUGUCGUUAAUCCAGACUGACAUAGACGAAAGGUGGAUCUCAGUUUUCAGGACCAAUAUUUACGAGAGUUAUGACAAUGAAACCAAGUUGCACGAUAUCGCCAUGCUACAAAUGGCCACUCCUAUUUCUUUUGGCCCCACGGCCAACAACAUUUUGUAUGAAGAGCCGGAAGAAGUCUCGGGAACUCCGACUGAAUUCGCUGGAUGGGGUGGCACUUUCGAAGGAGGCCUACCAUCUACAAAACUACGUAAAAUACCAAGUGUAACCGUACCUGCUGACUGUUCCUCCUACACCGCACAAGAAUUUGCUUCCAAUUUCAUGUUAUGCGCCGGUUCAACCACGGACACGAGCUCCCCGUGCAACUACGAUGAAGGAUCACCUUUGGUUCAAACGUUUGGUGGCACAAUGUACGCGGUGGGUAUCAUGUCGAAGAACAAAGGUUGUGGAGCUGGUGCACAACCCACAAUCUACACACGACUUGCUUCAUAUUAUUCCUGGCUUUACAGAAUUGGUGGUGCCCAACCAUCACCUGCACCUUAAAAAGCAUCAACAUCCUGCGCAAUAAAAAAUAAAUAAAAAUUCACUGUUAUUGUACUAAAUCCAUUAAAUAGGAGAAAUUUAUGUUAAUACACCUUUUUUCCUUUC